AUGCAGCAGCAGCAGCAGCAGCAGCAGCAGCAGCAAGAGAUUGGUGGCAACUCAGCUGCACGUUUUCACAGUGCUGCGUCAUUUGCUGCCCUCAGCAGCCCCCUGGGUCCUGCAGCAGAGAGCAGCAGAAGCCGCACGUAUCAGCAGCAGCAGCAGCAGCAGCAGCAGGUGCGGACUGAGCAGCAGCAGACUCUCGAGCAGGACAGAGCUGUUUUGCGGCAGAGAGAUAACGUAAAAGUAACUAUCCAAGGCCUGUCAAAAAGCAGCAGCAGCAGCAGCAGCAGCAGCGCAGCAGACGCCGCUGGGACGCUCCUUGAUUGGGUGGUGUUUCCUUGUGCAGCAGAAGAGGAUUUAGCAGCAGCAACAGCAGCAGCAGCAGCAGCAGGAAGCAGGGGGCUUGAGACCUCCCUGAGUGACUUCAGAGUAUCCACAGCAAGUGAUGCAGCAGAGAGCAGCAGCAGCGGCUACCGCUGCAGCCUUACGGAGCUGCAGCAGCAGAAGCAGCAGCUUCUGAAGCAGCAGCAGCAGCAGCAGCAAGACCGCAACAAGCGAACACAAUUGGACUUUAGCCAGCAACAGCAGCAGACCCCGCUGCAGCAGCAGCAGACACCGCUGCCGCAGCAGCGCACAACAAAGCUAGUUAGCUUCCCUAAGGUGACUCAGCCGCACAGCUAUCAGCAGCAGCAGCAGCAGCAGCAGAUGCAUACCGCGCCCCCCGUAAGGACCCGCUACAUAAUACGGCAGCAGCAGCUGCCGCAGCAGCAGCAUCUGCUGCUGCCGCAGCAGCAAGCAGCAAGAGCUCACCCAGCAGCAGCAGAGCUGCGUUUUUCCACGAAGCCGCUGCAGUUUUCACCGCUGCUGCUGCACAGCGGCUUCAAACCAGUGAGCAGCAGCAACAGCAGCAGCAAGGACUGCAGCAGCUGUUGCAGAGAAAACAGGUGCUGCUUCUUUUCUGAUAAACCCCUUCGUCGGAGGGCCUCAGGGGCCCCCUUUAGUGCAGCAGCAGCAGCAGCAGCAGCAACAAGAGCUUACAGCGCAGGCCACCAGGUGUGGCGGCUGGCGCCCACCCGCAGCUUCUACACUGUGGGGCCGCUGAAAGCUGCAGCAGCAACAGCAGCAGAAGCAGCAGCAGCACCUGCUGCUGCUGCUGUAGGCCCUAGACCCGCCCACCGUGUCAGCGGCUGCGUCGACAUUAGGCGUAAAAUCGCCUGCAAGUGCUAA